AUGGCUGAGAAGACUGAGGAAGAGAAAGCUCCAAGCCCUCCAGAGAACCUGACGUGUCCACUAUGUCUUGAUAUCUUCGACGAGGCAACAAUCCUGACUUUAUGUGGUCACACCUUCUGUCGGAAAUGUCUCAAGAACUAUGAUCUGUCCCACCAGGGUCUCGAUCACAUGAUCUGUCCUCUCUGCCGGAAUAUCACCAAGCUGACUGCGAACCGUGUUGAUGAUUUCCUCACCGAUAUGGCGGUCAAAGGACUCGUAGACGAUUACCACGCCAAGUGUGGAGAGAUGAAUGCUGUCCUUGAGCUGUGUCCAAGAUGCACUGCUUGCAGGUUUCAUGAAGAUGCUGUCUCAUUCUGUAAAACGUGUAAUUUAUAUAUGUGCACUAAUUGCGACUACAGCCAUAACCAGCUGACAUCACUCUUUGAAGGUCAUGAGAUUGUAUCCUUACAGGAUAUCAUCAACGGAAAGGUCACCAUUGGUCAUCUUUCUGAGAAGUGCUGCAUCCACAAACAAGAGAACAAAGAUAUGUUUUGUGAGGAUUGUAAGGUCCACGUUUGUUUCAAGUGCGUGAUCGUCGGUCAUCAAAAUCACAAAAUCAAGAAUCAGGCUGAUUUCGAGCAAGAGUUACAGCUUAAGGUGAACGAACUAGUCGAGCGUUGUGCCAGUAAGAAAUCAGAACUGGAGAAGAACAUUCAAAAUGUGGAAGUACAACGCCAUGAAGUAUACACUGCCAUGCAGAAACUACUGGACGAUGUCAGUCAAGCCUACAGCAUCAAGGCCAAAGAGCUUGAAGAAAAUCAUCGAAAUCUCAUCGAGCGCAUCAAUGCAGUAAAGCGGAGUUUCGAUGACGACCUCAACGUCUUGAAAUCAAACGAUCGAACGAGGAUCAAGAGUAUUUAUAGUUCAGUAACACUGGUAGCUAAUGACAGACUGGGUCGUCUUGAGACAGACAGUCUGUCUGCUCAUACCUUGCUCUGUGAGGAGCUGGAUGCAAUGCUGAAGGAGGCUACUGAUCACACUUCUGCGGCAGCCAUUACGAAGAAAGCACAGGAGGAGAGGUUCAAGCCUGCAGAUGAUACUCGUCUGGACCUCGGGAGCAUCUCAGAAUCAGUUCCUAAUCUGCAAGUCAUUCUGUGUGUAGAUCUACGGGAAAGGAUGUCAGGUAUGACCCCGUACUCUGGCGAUAGUGUAGCUAUCGGGUAUUUGGAUAAACAUGAACACAACGCGACAAGGCAGGUAUCUUCUACCAGGUCGGGUUUGAUCGUCACGAGCUCAUGUAACAUCAAUCCAAGCGUGGUGACGGUCUAUGACAGAGAUGGGAAUGCUGGUGAGUCUGUACGAGCUCCAGACCAUGUCUGCAUGUUUGCUGCCGUGGAUGAGCAGGACAUAGUGUAUGUAGCGAGUGUUGAUAGUAAGAAUGAAAACGUGGUGUUCAGGCUCUAUGACCUGGAUGGUUUGAACCUGAAAGAGAGAGUUGAGUUCAAUGUACUUAAUCUGAAGCUUCGUUAUACUUGGUGUUACUUGGUUUCCCUCUCUCCAGACAUGCUCGCGUUUGCUUGUGACAAGGAGUUGUAUUUUAUCAAGGUAUCACUGUAA